AUGAGGAAUCCAUUUGUGAAUUGUCGUGACUUUUGUGGCCAGACGAUCCGUGAUGAUGGUAUGAUUGUCAACUCCCACCAGGAAUCCAAGAAGUACUACUUUGUGACUAUGGGUACCGACUGUCACCUCACCAUGCAGGCCAGCUCUCUGAAGGACAAGGUCCAGUCAUUUCGCUUCUUCCUGGUCUACAGCUUGCUUAGAGUGGCCCCUCUGAGUCCUGCCCCUCUCUUCCCAGAACUUGAACCUACCUCUGGUGAGACACUGGGAGACCCAUGUCAUGCUGGCUCAUACGUUCAGUUUUAUGAUGGUCGGGACAAGAGCUCACCUCCCCUCGGACCUCCUCUUUGUGGGAAGAGCCCUCCCCGGCCAGUGCUGUCCACAGGAAACUACCUGACCCUACGGCUGGUGACCAGGGGCACUCAGCCCAGGGUGGACUUUGUGGGGGAUUUCACUUCCUUCAGACUGGGUAACAGUGAGCCCUACUUCACCUGCAGGAAUGGGAAAUGCAUCCCUCUAAGUCUGGUCUGCGACGACAAAGGCAUUGACAACUGUGGCGAUGGAAGCGACCUGGAGGAAAACCUCACCACAGGAUGUAAAGGUCAGUGGGAUGAUACUGCUGUGUUGUGGUCCUGA